AUGGGUGAGCCAGGUGUGGUUGUGAUGACAUGGUGGUGGGCGCUGGCGCUGCUAGCGCUGUCUGCGCCCGCCCGCCCCGCGCCUCGGGCGGGCAACGGUGAGCAAUUUUACAGUAAGCAUCACAUUGCGCACUAUUUCCCGCACGAUUGCGCCCUGCCACCGAUAGUGUCGCGCUUCACGUUGAUGUCAUCGGUGUGGUGA